AUGAGAUUCGUCAGAGAGCGUCUUGAAGUCGUUACCUGUUACAUUCCUUUCAGUGGUGAGGCGGUUGGUGAUAACACUUCUCAAACUUUCCAGAAGACUCCUGGUAAGAACCAUUAUCCAUCCAAUGCUUGCUUUAACGUUUUUUGGUAUCAACAACCAACAUGGACACCACCUAUCUGCAAGUAUCUAAUAGAAUAUUAUGAUACUCUCAAAUCAUUACCAAGUGCUUCGGAAGGUACUAGUGCUGUUGUUAGAUUAAGUUCCACAAGAAAAACUGGUAACAACGCUUUUAUUAGAAGUUCAGGCUCUGGAUUUUACAUUCUUCCCAACACAAUUAUUACAAAUAGUCAUGUUGAAGCUGAACUUGAGAGAAUUGGUGGUAAAAUAACUGCAUCCAGCAAUGCAUGGAGCAAUAACAAUUCAGCAAUUUUGCCUACCAGGAUCAGAACCUUGCAUUCUGGGAAAACUAUCAAAGAUUCCCAAUUAGAGUCAUUCCAAGCUACAAGCCACCGGUAUCUUGAUGGGUUAAAAAAUAAAAUAUUCUAUUUAUUAUAUAAUAAUUAUAUACGUUAUUAG